AUGGCAGAGAAAGCUGGCUCUGGCUCUUCUUCUCCUAAGGCAAAGACAUGGUGCGAUCACCUGGCUCUUCUGUCCUCUGAUCUCACCCGCAUUCCCAAAUCUGAUACUCCAUGCAAGAGAUGCCAGGACCUCAAGGAGAGUUGGGUUUGUUUGUCCUGCAAGGACGUCUUCUGUAGUCGAUAUGUGAACAUGCACUUCGUUGAGCACUAUGGGCAGACAAAGCAUUGUCUUGCUGCCAGCUGCAGGUACCAUUACCAGUGCUUUCCACAAAUUGAUCUAUCCUCGUCAUCCAAGCUAGAGAACAUGGAUGCGCUGAUGGUUGCUGUUGCUGAUCUUAUAUCUGAGCCAGUUCCUAGUUUUGACUUUCGUCCAGCAGAUGUGCAGUCGUUGGUUUGGCAUGAUGAGCAUGAGCUUGCAUUGGCCAAGGAGGGACUCCAGAAGAUCUUUGAUCGUGGGUUAGAAGCUUUAGCUGAUCAUCAAGUGCAAAAGGAGUUUCUCGCGUACUCAGCCAUAUUUCUAGCAUACCCAUGCCCAUCAGAGUUGAAGGACCUUUCAUCAUUCGGGGUUAAUCUUUCAGAGGAAACCUCUGCUUUCCUCCAAGCUCAACAUAAGUUGAAGGUGGCGUCAAACCUAUCAGCCUCAGUUACUCAGAAAAAGUUUGUGCUCCGGCAGCAAGCUUCAAAGUAUGCUGAGGUGAAGAAAGAAAUUCUUGCCACGGAUGAGAAAGUUGCCAACCUUAAGGCCAUGAUCAAAGAGUUGGAGUCCGAAAUAAAGAAUUUGGAAGCUAGUUUAGCCACGGCUGAGAGUGAUAGGGAGAAGACUCAUGAGGUUUUGGAUACCAUUGAUACACAAGUUACUACUGUGAGAGAUGGAUUAGUCUCAGACUUAGCACAAGCAUCUGCCAUGGAGGGAAUGACACGGGCAGCGAACGAGUUAGUAACUCAGCGGCAGUCAGCUUGGGAUAGCCUGAGGACUACUUUUGCAAAGCUUUUCUGA